UCAGGCGCACAGCGGAAGUGGAGCUGAGCUCAGUCAGUCAUGGCGAGCAGCCGCACGGACACAGCGAUGUCACAGAGUAAACAGCACUCGUUCAUUUGCUGUUUGUUCCUUGUGAUACAGUUAACGACGGUGCCAGUUUGGACCAAACCGGACAGCCUUAGAGAAGUCACCGACGGCAACUGGGAAGAAAUCCUCACCGGAGAAUGGAUGAUUGAAUUCUAUGCUCCCUGGUGUCCGGCCUGUCAGCAGCUGCAGUCGGUGUGGAAGGAGUUUGCAGACUGGGGGGAGGACAUGGGGGUCAACAUAGCCAAGGUGGACGUCACAGAACAACCAGGUCUGAGUGGACGAUUCAUCAUCACUUCACUUCCUACUAUUUAUCACUGUAAGGAUGGCGUCUUCCGGAAGUACCAGGGAGCGCGCACGAAAGAUGACUUUCUUAGCUUCGUCGAUGAGCAGAAAUGGACAGCUGUGGAGCCAAUUUCAUCUUGGUUCGGGCCGUCAUCAUUUUUGAUGAAUUCAAUGUCUGCUUUGUUCAAGCUCUCCAUGUUUAUCCGGCGUUGUCACAAUUACAUGACCGAGCAUCUGGGGAUUCCUGUUUGGGGCUCGUACGUGAUCUUCGGCUUGGCCACUCUGUUCUCUGGCCUUGUGCUCGGACUGUUACUGGUGUUCAUCGCAGACUUUGUCUUCCCCUCAAGACGCUUUUCCUCGCCUGACUACUACCAGAAGAAACAAACGAUGGAGCAGGCGAGGUUAAUCCACCAACAAGAGGACGCGCACGAGGCCGACGGCGAGGAAGAGGAGGACGACGAGGACGACGAGGAGGACGGGGACCAGGGCGAUGUCUGGAGGAGAAGGAGACGAGGGUCCCCCGAGGGUCGCCCUGAGCCCAGGGGUCAGGGUCUGCCCGACGAAGCCCUGAGGAAGAGGGUGGUGCGCACCCGCGAGGAGCAGGAGGAAGAGGAGGAGGACACCUAGAGCGUCACAUGGCCUGUACUCCUUUUUUGAAAAGAAUGCCGUGGAGACAGCAGAGCUGGAGGAGCUUUGGUCCCGAGCAACAGAGUUUACAGCAGGGAGCCCUCAACUUCCCUUUGUCACCUCCCCUUCUCCUCCUUCCUCCUUUUACCGUGGCCCUCCAGAAACACCCAGUUUCUUUUCUUCUCCUUCCCUUGUUUUUGAACGGGAGCGCUUUAGACUCACCGCUGCCGCCCUCUCUGCCUGAGCAGCAGGCUGGAAAAAAAAAGGCUACAACACUCCUGACACCUGUUUUCACGUGCGGGAACAAAAAAGCGCCAGGCUGAGGUUUAGUGAUGAAGAGCAGUGGAGCUGGAUUUUGCCGGGUUGUUUAUGCUAUGCAUCUUUUUUUUCUUUUCUUCCUUUUUUUUUUAUGUAUUAUAUGUUUUUUCUCUAUGAAUUAUUAUCCCAGGCUUUGUGUUUUAGCCUCAUCGUCGAGUUUUACUCCUCUGCUGAAGUGUACGUGCAAGUAUUUUAUGUUUCAUAGUGUGUUUUACGAACCGUGAAUUAACAAUCUUUGACACACCGUUCCAUAACAAUUAUGCGGGAGAGAGUGAUUAAAAAAAAAGAAAGAAAAUUAAAACGUCCACGUGUUGUAAAUUUAUAACUUAAAACUCCAAGGUUUAAUGUUACAGUGACUUUUUUCAUGUGUCCAUUUAAAUUGGAGGUCUGUUGGUUGUCAGUCAAGUAUUACAUAUUGGACCUUUAUCACUGCUGCAGGAAGUUAAUUCGUUGAGAUUUUCCCACGCUGCCUAAACACGGACAAUAAUGUCACUUUUCUAAAGUAGCUAUUAAUAAUAUAAUGGUGUAGGUCGUAGUGUAAGAUAGACAUACAAUAAUAUCAAUAAUAUUAAUAAUACAGAUUUGUGGGGCCCUCAGUUGGCCAAACAAGAACAAAACCUGAUUCAUGUGUUCAUUUUUGGGACAGAAAGGCUACUUCCAUUCUUUCUUUAGUUUUUUUUUUUUCUUUAGUAUGUGCAUGCCGUAAUCUAAUGAAAGAGAUGAAUCAUUUCUUUUUAGAAAUGGGUCCAAACACUGCUCAGGUGUGUGGAACGGUGCAAGGACAAUGAAAACAAACAGCAACAAACCAACAAAGUUCAAAGUGGACUUUGGAUUAAGUCUAAACAAAAAAAGUCUGAUCUUAACAUGAAUUUACAAAGUUGAUUUAAUCGAGUUUACAUUGAAUAAAAAUGUCCUCGCUCAUGAGCACAGCCUGUAACAUUUCAACUUUGUAAAGCAUCAGUGUGUGUGUGUGUUUCAAAUCUACAAAACACUCUUAUUAUGAUUUAAAUGCUUUUUUUAUUACGAAACAAACAUAAAAAUCUCUUUACUCUCUGUUGUGGAGGUAAAACGAGGUUGUUUUUUCAUUAUUGACCUGACCACAUUUACAGCUUGUAGCAUUGACAGUCAGCUGUGCUCCUCAUUGUUUUAACAUUUAUUUGAAUAAAGGAUUAAUUCUGA